AAAAAAAUUUCAGGCCUCACAGCACUUUGAGGCUGAACACAGCAGGGUCUCUCAGUAUCAGCACUCUGGUUUUUCUGCUGCAGCAAAUAUUCUCAUGUUUCAUUUCAACUUGAGCUACUCAGAGGAGCUAAAAGCACAGAGUCGGUUGUCUCCAAUUGGAUGACAAAAUGCGGCAAUAUUUACGCAUAAAGAAGUUUGAGUGGCCCUGGUCUAGGAGAGACAAUGGGCAGGAUGAGUUCAGCCCACUUAUUCCAAAGUCAGGUGCUGCAAAAGUGGAAGAUGAGGAGCUUGGCCAUGUUGACGGUGAAUAUCAAACAGGGACGCCCAGCAAUCAGGAUCGCAACAGUCCUACAAGAAUCCGACCUCAUUACAGUUAUUCUUUGAUGGAUUAUUUCCUAAAAUACUUCCUGUUCCUGUGCAACCUGGUCUUCACAGUUUUGGGUCUGGUGGUUCUUGGUUUGGGGAUCUGGGGUCUCUCCAGCAAAGAAUCGUUCGCCCAGGAGAAGAUUGGAACUAUCGGCACAGAUCCGAUGCUGAUACUUUUGACGUUGGGCUUUCUGCUCACUCUGCUCUGUCUGACGGGGUGUGUUGGUGCUUUAAGAGAGAACUGCUGCUUGCUGAAGAUGUUCUCUAUUAUAGUGCUGGUGCUCAUCACAAUCCAGGUGCUGUUUGCAAUCGUGGCCUACACUGUGCAGGAUCAGAUUGAAGGAUAUCUGCGGUCAGGGAUGCUAGCUGCCAUGGCGGGCUAUCAAGAUGAUCUGGACCUGAGGUUCAUCACAGAUGAGAUCCAAUUGGGUCUGCAGUGCUGCGGGGCCGACACCUACCGGGACUGGGAGGUGAACAUAUAUUACAACUGCUCAGCUCCGGGAGUUUUGGCGUGUGGCGUCCCUGCAACGUGCUGCGUGGACCCUUUGGAGAACGGGACGGUGUGGAACUCACAGUGCGGCGUGGGAGCACAGGUCAUGGACGAGUUUACCGCUCAGAGUGUGAUCUUUCUCGGGGGUUGUCUGGGUGGAAUCUCUCGUUGGAUCGAGCAGCAUGAGGGCCUGAUCGGGACAGUCGGAGUUGUCGUUGUUGGGGUUCAGAUUCUUGCUGUGUUCAUCGCAACAAGACUGUUGGAAAACAUUCACAGGCAUAAAGCUCAUGCAUGACGUAAAUAUGGCAUGAAGUCAUCAGAGUCUUGGCUGUUUCUUGGUGUUUUGUUCUUUUUCAGUUCUGGGCUCCAUUGUUAGACACAUUUUAUAUUCAGAUUGCAUAAACAGGGUUUAUAUGUUAGAAACUAAAUAGAAACACAUCUAAUGUACUGUAAAUAUUUUCCUCUCCCUACAUAAAAGGAUGGUGAGUCAUCGUGAGCAGUCACUAAACAUGAGUGAUUAUUUAUUAUGGAAAGAUUUGGUGCUCACUUUUUUUUCUCCUCAUCCAUACUACAAAGUCAUUAACCGUCAUCAACCUUUGGUGAUGAAGGUUGAUCAAUUUUAAUUAUUUUUUAUGUAUUUAUUGUUUCGCAAAAUCUACACUCUGUAAGGAAGCAGUAUGAAUGGUAUUUUACAGUAAAAAAAUACACUAUAACUUA